CCCAUGUUUUCCACAGCGCGCGCACACAAACACGCACCGAUGGCACCGCCGUGAUGCUCUGUCCUAUCGAUCCUCAUAUCCAGACCCCAUGGCAUAUUCGGGCGAUCUGCUCUGGGUCCACCAUGACGCCAAAAACCGCAAGGCGGGACCACAUCGCCAUAAGGUUUUCUCACACAUCCAAUCAGGGUACCAUAAAUGGCGCCGGGUUGAGGCCGCUCGGUCGAUGAGGAAGUCGGUGGUGAUCCCACGAGUGCAGGCGGCAGCAAGCCAGAGGAGGCGAGAUGCAAAAGACAAAGAGGUACAAAAGAGGGCAGACGACGACGAUGAAUACGAUGAUGACCAGCGGGCGCGCAUCAAGUCGGAGGAAACCCAAGAGUGGCCCAUCCAGAGCAUCGUCGCGUUCCGGGGCAAUUCCGAUCCCUUCAAUUCUACGCCUGUCCCGGUCACCUCGCGGAUCAACGAGAUCAUGACCUUUGAGCGCCGCUGUGUGUUCCCCGUCAUCCAGGGGCCUGGACCUCGCCUCCAAGCACAGGGCAAAGGCAACAUCCUGCCAUCAUGGUCAUCGUUCGCGUCGGACUCGCUGUGCGACAAUAUGACCGCUCUCGCCUUUCUGUCGACUCCCCUGACCCUCAUGGCCCAGUCUUCUCCUGACUCUGCUUACCUCAGACUAUCGCUCGUACAUCGUUACCAGGGCUUGCAUGCGGUGCAGGAGUACGUCAAGGAACAUGGGCAACCGCCGCUGCAUGUCUUGAUGCACUUCCUCGUUGCCGAGAUCUGGGCUGAUAACUGCGAUGAUGCGCUAGCCCACCUGCGCAUGGCCAACAUUAUCAUGGAAUCCCAACUUCGGCAAGAUCCAUCGAGCAUUGUGCCGUACAAAUGGAUCAGCGUAUUCCAGAUGGACAUCCAUCGUGCCGCGUUGUCGUUAUCGCGGACUCUAUUGCCUAUGGAGGGAUGGGUGACGGUUCCCUUUGAGGUGCCGCUGCCCAUCAUGGAUGUCUAUCCGGACUCUUGUUUGAAAGGAUCACUUCGCGCACUAUUCAUUGAGCUACAACAACUGGACGCCCUCUAUGACUUUGUCAUUAGCGACCCUUCCCCACGCCCUGCUGCCUGGAACUUCCUGAGGAUGCGGACGCUGGUGCUGAUUGGCAGAGCAGUAAACCAUGCCGUCGAUGGUCGUGAUGUCUCCGCGAGCCUUGCACUCGCAUACGUCCUCAAACUAGCCAGUGCACUGGAGAACAUCCCGGUCGGUGCUACCUCUAUCUACAAUGCCGGGCCGAAAAUGCUGGGACGCAUGCGAUCAUGUCUUGAUGCGGAGGUCUUGAACCCCCGCCUAAGGCUCUGGAUUCUGUACGUCGGAGCCUUGAGCGCGGACGAAUGGUUCACUCGCAGCUUUGACGAACAGUCAGUGCUAAUGGGUGUCCACACGUGGGCGAUGUGCAAGGACAUUCUGUCCAAGUUCUAUCUGCCCAAAGAUGAGCCCCAAGUUCACUUCCACGCGAUUUUCGAUGCACGACUGAGCAACAGAAUUCUCGAGCUAACCACUGCUUUCCAAGAUGUCAAGUUGCACGAGGUAUAGGUGUGCAGGGCCUUUCGUCCGUGCGCAAGAGAACCCGUUCUGGGUACUGACGCACCACAACCAGUAAAGAUGGAAUUCAUUACAUAUCGGGCUACAUGAAAAUGUUCAGGGUUAGCCUUCACGACUCACGUUAUGAGUACGACUAUGACUAUUUUUAGCGGGCGUCAUCCGUAUACGGGAGGAACUUAUCAGGAGAAUGGAAAAGCUAACAUAGAAAAUAUGAAUUGACAGAGAAAGGGUCAUAAUCUUUUUAACGAGAUAGCCUGGUACGGUUACUCCUUACGACUUCUAUCUAUGCUAAUAAUACGCUUUUUGGUAG